AUGCUGGACCCUUUCUUCUCUCGUCAGCGGGGGAGACGGCAACGCCGCACAGCAGAGGAGCUGCUGCAGCAGGCCGAGGCAGCUUGUGCUGCUGCUGCUGCUGCAGGUGCUGCAGCACCAACUCUUUGUUAUGGUUCCCUGCUGCAGGACCUUCAGUGCCUCUCCCGCAGCCUCGCGGUGGAAAUGCUGCAGACGCAGCAGCGCAUGCAGCUGACGGAUAUGCUGCAGCAGCGGCCAGCAGCAGCAGCAAGACGUGGAUGGGAUGCAUCAGCAGCACGCUUAUGCCAGCUGCCCCUAAGGUACAGCUUCAGCGCCCAAGGGGGCCCCCAAGGGGGCCCCCUUGGGGGCCCCCUGCAGCUGCCCCUAAGGUACAGCUUCAGCGCCCAAGGGGGCCCCCAAGGGGGCCCCCUUGGGGGCCCCCUGGGGGCCCCCCUACGGGGGCCCCUUGAGCUGCUCGCGGAGUUGCGGGGGGCCUCGGGCAUGGCUGCAUGCACUGGAAGCAAAGAUAUUCCUUCUAGGCAUACAGACGCUGCUCCCUUUUCCUCUCCGGUCGUCGCUGCUGCUGCUGCUGCUGCACCUGCUGCUGCACCUGCUGCUGCUGCUGCUGUUGCUGAACCUGCUGCAGCUGCUCCUCCUGUUGUGGCAGGAGGUUCUGCAGCUGCUGCACAGCCUGCUUCUGUGGCGGCAUCUGCUGCAGCCAACGCAGCUGCUGCAGCUGCAGCUGAAAGCAGCGGAGGGGAGAAGGUUGACGGAGGAUCUGCGAGCGCUGCCGCCGCAGCAACAGCAGCAGCAGCAGGAGCAGCAGCAGCAGCAGGAGCAGCAGCAGCAGGAAGUGGUGUUGGAGGUGUAUGGAGCGAAGAAGACAACUGCCUGCUGGAGGCUGAGACAGACUGUGAGUAUCUGCUGGGCCGCCAGCUGCUGCCGUAUGAACGCAUGCUGCUGACCUAUCGCAUGCUGAAGAGUAAAGGGGUGGGGGUAGCAGCAGGGGCCCCCGGGGAGACGCAGCUGAUAGAGGAGUUGCUGCAGGCCGUCGGUGAGGGGGCCCCUCUGGGGGGCCCCCCUGGGGGGCCCCCCCCAUACCCCCUUGGCUCUGAGGGUAUACCUGAUGAUGAAGAAACACAGAGGUGGGCCCUAUGGACAGAUGAUGCCGAUACAGAUGCAGCAAAAGCUGAAUCGUUGCUGCUGCUGGUGCAGCAGCUGCAGCAAGCGGACCUGCAGCAGCUCAACCACGUAGCGCAUGCAAUACCCAGCAGCAGCAGCAAACGCCACAUGCAGAGAGAAGAAACAUUUCUCCAUGCAUUCUUCGGUGAACCUUCAUCAGCCCCCAUAGCUGGGGGCCCCCAUCAGGGGCCCCCAGGGGCCCCAGCAGCAGGGGCCCCACCAGGGGCCCCAGCAGCAGGGGCCCCAUCAGGGGCCCCUGCUGCUGAUACCCCCACGGCGGGGGGGGCCCCCAGGAGAGCCUCUGUAGGGGGGGGCCCUAUAGCUCGUAGCAGCAGCAGAGACAGCAGAGACAGAGAGAGAGAGAAAGAAAGAAGAAGAGAGAGAGAAAGAAAAAGAAAACGAACGCAGAUAUUUCCCUACAGCUGA